GCUAUCAGUCUCCAGCUCAACGCCCGGCUGAGGAGGUGAAAGUUUCUCCCCAGGAAGAUAAACCGCAAAAGACAAUAUUGUGCAUGAUUUGCGCUUCCCAGAAAAAAAAAAAAAAGUGUUGCAAGAAGUGAAAGAAAUUGUUUUUUUUUUAUAAGAUUCCCAUACAACUACCUCCUAUGUGCUCUGUAAUCCUCUAGAUGUGACCACCAAACAGGAAGUUUGUUUUGCUUGUGGUCGCUAUUUGUUUCUCCCAUGUAAAGCAAUUCCCAGAGACUUUAUUACAGUUUGGUGCUGCAGUUCGCUUGAGAGUCGCUACUUCCAGGUAAGAAGAGAAGAUGCUGCUGGACGCUGGACCUCAGUACCCCGCUAUUGGAGUCACUACUUUCGGCUCCUCCAGGCAUCACUCCACGGGCGACGUGACAGACCGUGAAGUGGGCUUGGGGAUCAACCCGUUUGCAGAUGGGAUGGGAGCUUUCAAGAUCAACCCGAGCAGCCACGAUUUAGGCUCGGGCCAGACCGCCUUCACUUCUCAGGCUCCUGGCUAUGCUGCGGCGGCUCUGGGGCAUCACCACCACCCGGGCCAUGUCAGCUCUUACUCCAGCGCCGCCUUUAACUCCACUCGGGACUUUCUCUUUAGAAACCGGGGCUUCGGUGAAGCUGCUAGCGCCCAGCACAGCUUGUUUGCUUCCGCAGCCAGUGGCUUCGCGGGACCUCACGGCCACUCUGAUGCCGCGGGGCACUUGAUCUUUCCUGGGCUCCACGAACAAGCCACCAGCCACGCUUCACCUAAUGUGGUCAACGGGCAGAUGAGGCUGGGCUUCUCCGGGGACAUGUAUGGGCGGCCGGACCAGUACGGACAAGUGACCAGCCCCAGGUCUGAGCAUUAUGCGUCCACCCAGCUUCAUGGCUAUGGCCCUAUGAACAUGAACAUGGCUGCCCACCACGGGGCAGGGGCCUUCUUCCGUUAUAUGAGGCAGCCCAUCAAGCAAGAACUUAUCUGCAAGUGGAUUGAGCCUGAGCAGUUGUCAAACCCCAAAAAGUCCUGCAACAAAACUUUCAGCACAAUGCAUGAGCUCGUCACUCAUGUCACAGUGGAACACGUUGGGGGACCAGAACAGUCCAAUCACAUAUGUUUCUGGGAAGAAUGUGCCAGGGAAGGAAAACCUUUCAAAGCCAAAUAUAAACUGGUUAAUCACAUCAGGGUUCACACAGGGGAAAAACCUUUCCCUUGUCCCUUUCCUGGUUGUGGUAAAGUGUUUGCAAGAUCAGAAAAUCUGAAGAUCCACAAAAGAACUCACACAGGUGAAAAGCCUUUUAAGUGCGAAUUCGAAGGUUGUGACAGACGAUUUGCAAACAGCAGUGAUCGCAAAAAGCAUAUGCAUGUCCAUACAUCAGACAAGCCCUAUCUGUGCAAAAUGUGUGACAAGUCUUACACCCAUCCCAGCUCUCUCAGAAAACACAUGAAGGUUCACGAAUCAUCUUCCCAGGGGUCCCAGCCUUCUCCAGCAGCCAGUUCAGGCUAUGAGUCCUCCACCCCCCCUACAAUCGUUUCUCCUUCUGCAGAAAAUCAGAACACAAGUACCUUAUCCCCUUCCACCACAGCAGUACAUCACACGUCCAGUCACAGCACGCUCUCAUCAAAUUUUAACGAAUGGUACGUUUAAACACAUAUUUACAAAAAAAAAAAGACUUCAAAUUAAUGAACACUUCGAAUCUAAUCCUAAAGCUGCCAAUAGAUCCAGGACCGAAUAAAAUGAAGAAUGAGACCUUUUUUAUUUCCAAAGGCUUGGUAGGAAACAAACAAAACAAAAAAAAAUUAAGGGGAUGUAGAAUGCAUGAGAAGAUGAAAAUGCCAGGCCAAAUGCCAACUGUGUAGGCUUUAAUGAACAACUAAUUAGAGGUCUCAAUCUGCAUGUCUCCUAUGGCAGUGGCCUUUUUGUAAAUACAGAAUUAUUAGUUCAAAUGUACUGUUGAUUUUGUAAAUAGUUAUAUCACGACUGAAAAAAAGAUAUGUGGAAUUGUGGUCAUUGCAUAUAUGUUUUUUGGGGUUGGGUAUGGGGAGGAAGAAAUUCAAUUUAUUGAAUGGUAAGGAUGUCCUAGUAAAUGUGUACCAAAAUGUGAAAUACAUUGUAUUAUUACAGUCUACGUCCACCUAACAGACUAUUACUGGUAUAAAUGUGCUUUCUGUAUAAAGUGCAAACAUUUUGUCCCAAAGUUCAGUCCGAUUAGUGCAGUAAAAAUGUUGUUUUUUACGUCCUUGUCAAAAAUUCGUAUAGUGCAAGCCUAAAACUGCGUGUCAAACUGUUACAUUUGUUUCUGUAAAGUGAUAUUAAAAGAUAAAACCUAUAUCUGUCCGUUGCUUUUGACAAAUACAACAACAUAAUGUAUAUAAUUCAUAAUUUUCUUAUUUAUCAGCAUGUAAAAGGCCGACUAUACAUGUUAACAGAUAUUCAAUAUUUAUGAAUAGAGAACAUUCGUAUGUAAAAUUUUAGUUCGCAAAUCUGUUUGGUAACAUUUCGUACAUUAUUAAAGGUUCUGAAACUAUCAUCUAUUGUAAUAGGAAUUUUUAUUCACUGAAUAAACCUACUUCAACUUUAGUUUUAAA